GUGACUAUCAACGACUACCUCCGUAGAUACCUUAAUUUAACAGGCUGCAAAUACAUGUGCCAGCAGGGGACCUGCGGCGCUUGUAUUGUUAAUGUGGCUAACCAUGACAUCUAUGGACAUCGGAGAACAUUCUCUGUUAACUCUUGUCUGGUAUCUAUAACACAAUGCGAAGGAUGGGAUAUAACGACUAUAGAAGGUGUCGGAGACCGUCAAAACUAUCAUCCUAUACAGAAAACUCUCGCGAAGUACAACGGGACGCAAUGUGGUUACUGCAGUCCUGCUUGGGUUAUGAGCAUGUAUAGUUUACUUGAAGAAAAUAAUUACAAAAUAACUCAAUACCAAAUAGAAGAUUCAUUUGGCAGCAACACAUGCCGAUGUACUGGAUACAGACCAAUACUUGAUGCUUUUAAAAGCUUCGCCUGCGACUUUCCUAAAGAUAACCUCACUGACAUCGAGGAUUUAAAAAUAUGCAGUAACAAAGAUAAAUGUGAACUCUCUCUAGACAAUAACUGGUGUUUGUUGAAUAAAGAGAACAUCACUUCUAAGAAUAAAAAAAUAAUAUUAAAAGAUGAUAGAAUCUGGUACAGAGUUAAUGAAAUUAAAGAUAUAUUUGAAGUGUUUAGUACUGAAGGCACAAUGUCUUAUAUGUUGGUAAAUGGAAAUACUGGACGAGGAGCGGUUCCCAUCUUCGCUUUUCCUAAAGUCUUAAUAGAUAUAAGUUCUGUUGAAGAAUUAAAAACUUACUACAUGGAUCAGAACUUAGUAAUAGGCGGGGGGAUGACAUUGAGGGAUUUGAUGGAUCUUUUCAAACAUAUAUCAGAGAAAGAUGUGCACUUUCAUUAUUUGAAGAAGUUAUAUGAUCAUUUAAAUUUAGUAGCACAUAUACCUGUGAGAAAUAUAGGAUCAGUUGCUGGUAAUUUGAUGCUAAAGCAUAGAGAACUGACAUUUUCUUCAGACGUAUUUUUGUUAUUUGAAGCAGUAGGUGCAACUCUAACAAUUGUUUCUGCAACAUCAGUAGAUGAAGUGACACCGGAGACAUUUCUGAAAAUAGAUAUGACUGGUAAAGUAAUCACACAGGUCAAAAUACCACCAUUGUCUCACAAUUAUGAGUUUGUCUCGUUUAAGAUAAUGCCUCGCGCUCAAAAUGCUCACGCUCAAGUCAAUUCAGCAUUUCUUUACGAACUAGACGCGGAUCAUGAAACAGUCAAAUCUGCAAGAAUAGUUUACGGAGGUCUCUCUGGUAAAUUUGUUCAUGCAACACAAACUGAGAAAUGUUUGAUAGGAAAGAAAUUAUUUACAAAUGAAACAUUGCAACUGGCGCUUGGUGUUUUACAAGGGGAGAUUAUAGUAGAAGAAAUUCGUGGUUUUUUAUCACCGGAGUAUAGAAAGAAAUGUGCUCUUGGUUUAUUUUAUAAGGGUUUAAUAACUUUAAUACCCGAAAGUGGAUUAGCACCUCGAUACAGAUCCGGUAGAAGGGAUUUAAGGAAGACAAGACCUCUAUCAUCUGGGAAGCAAGAGUAUAAUACAAACCCUACUCUUUGGCCACUAAACGAACCAAUGCCGAAAUUAGAAGCACUAAUACAAUGUGCAGGAGAAUCUUUUUAUGUCAAUGACACUCCAACGUCACCGAGAGAAGUGUUCUGUGCGUUUGUUCCUACUGAAAUUAGUGUUGGAGAAAUUGAAAGCAUCGAUCCAUCUAUUGCAUUAAAACUACCUGGUGUUGUAGCAUUUUUGUCUGCCAAAGAUAUCCCCGGAUCAAAUAACUAUGUACCUCUCAAUGUUGAAGGUGCAAUGGCUCCAGAGGAAGUUCUCUGCGAUCGCGAUGUCAAAUAUUACAAUCAACCAAUGGGUAUCAUCAUAGCUGAAUCUGAAAAGAUAGCUAACAGAGCUGCUUUAUUGGUUAAAGCAAAGUAUAAAAAUAUUAAACAAUAUCCAAUUUUUACAAUAAAAGAAGUAUUAGACAGAGAACCUGAACGUGUAAAGAUUUUCAUAGCAUACCCUGCUAGGGACAGAGGAUUGAAUGUGCAAAGAAUCAUGAAAGGCUCUAAUAAUAUAUUCUCACAAUAUCUUUAUCAUAUGGAGACACAGUCGUGUGCCACUAAGCCCAGUGACGACGGCAUUGACGUGAUCACUUCAUCUCAAUGGCCUAAUCAGAUACAUGUCGGUAUUUCACAAUUCUUGAAUAUUGAACAAAGCAGAAUUAAUCUAACAAUACCACGUCUGGGCGGAGCGUACGGUGUUAAAAUAUCCCGGAACGGUAUGAUCGCGUGCGCCUGCGCUCUUUCUACGUAUCUGACCAACCGGCCUUGUCGCUUCGUGAUGUCUAUGCAAGCCAAUACUAGGAUUAUUGGUAAACGGAACCCUACUAUGAUAGAUUAUGAGGUCGAAGUAAGUGAUACUGGGGAAGUGCAGUAUUUGGAUUAUAAUUUGUACAUAGACAAUGGAUACGUUGUUGGCGAUCCUAUCCUAUUAUUUGGUGUAUCAGCUGUGAAGAAUUGCUACGACAACAGAAGAUGGUCUUAUAAGUUAUUCAACGUCACUACUGAUACCGCGUCCAAUACGUAUGCCCGAGCUCCAGGUGAACUGGAAGCUAUAGCAAUGACAGAACACAUAAUGGAACGUAUAUCUUACGAACUGGAUAAAGAUCCGUUGGAAGUGCGUUUGAAUAAUUUGAAUCCACAACAUUCAGAUUUAGCUGAAAUCGUUGCGAUGUUAGUUAAGGAAAGUGAAUAUUACAAACGUAAAGAAGAGGUAGAGGAUUUCAACAAAUUGAAUCGUUGGAAGAAACGAGGACUUCGUGUUGCUAUGAUGAGUUGGCCUGCGUCAACUGUGAUGGACUUUUUUGUACUACUGACAGUUUAUCAUGGUGAUGGUUCUGUAGUUAUAAGACAUGGAUGUAUAGAUAUGGGUCAGGGUAUUAAUACUAAAGUAACUCAAACAGUUGCUUACGUACUGCAAAUUCCUUUACACAAAGUGAAGAUUAAAUCGACAGAAGUGUCUGCAACACCUAAUUCCAAUAUAACUGGUGGAAGUCGGACAACCCACGCUAUAUGUUUUGCUGCUACCAAAUGUUGUCAACUAAUUCUGGACAGAUUAAGUGCAAUCAGAGAUACUCUGAAUGAUCCUACAUGGGAAUUACUUGUACAGACAGCGUAUAUGCGUGGUAUAAAUUUACAAACAAGUUACAGAGUUACACCCAAUGAUGAACAAAUUUUUAGAGUACCAGGAGCUGCUGUAGUAGAAGUAGAACUAGAUAUACUAACAGGAGAACAUGAUAUUUUAAGAGUAGACAUUAUACAGGAUGUUGGAUUCAGUGUAAAUCCAGAAAUAGAUAUUGGACAGAUUGAAGGAGCAUUUAUAAUGGCAACUGGUUACUGGACAUGUGAACAUUUGAUUUACGAUAAAAAGACCGGAGAGCUGCUCACGGAUCGCGCGUGGAACUACCACGUGCCUCUGGUUAAAGACAUACCUAUCGACUUCAGAGUCAAACUGAGACCGAAUUCUUUCAAUCCUGUUGAAGUUUUUGGAGCUAGAACAACAACAGAGCCACCGAUGUGUCUAGCUGUCAGCGUGGCGUUUGCUUUGCGAGCGGCGAUUGUCUCAUCUCGAGAAGAAACCGGUUAUCCGAGGACGGAAUGGUUCGCACUUGAUGGUCCCUUUACAUUGGAGACGAAUGUUUUAAAAGCUGAUGUCAAUUUGAAAGAAUUUCUGUUUUAUUAAUAAAAUAAUGUUUGUUAUAAGU